AUGGAGGAGGAAUCGAAGAAUCGAUACGAUAUUACAGAAGAAGAGCUGCAUUCGCUCAAUCGAAGAGAGCUGUUUGCCUUCAAGAAGGAAUCAAGUGCUCUCAAAUUUCAAACACAAGGAUGGCGAAAGAAGUCGGUGAGUGAGUCCAUCUUCAAGAAGUGGACCAAGGACGAACACAUCAAGUUUGUUGCCGGACUGAAAGAGCUCGGUCUGUCAGCCGCUGCCGAAGUGAGCGACGGGGACUGGAUCAAACUGAGCCAGCUGGUGGCGGGCCGGUCGGCCUACGACGUCAAGCUGCACGCCCGCGUCUUCUGGCAGUCGCCCGCGGCCGCGGCGGCCGAGGAACAGCAGGCGGCACAGCAAGCAGGUCUGAAGCGGGAAUUCGUGCAGCCAUCGCCCACCGUCGAGGCCAGAAAGAAGCAGCGGCCGGAUUCGCCAGAGGGAGAAGCUGCGCCGAAGAGCGGGAACAGUAACACGGUCGCGGUGGCAGAUGAGACGAUGGACGCGGUGCUGUCGGGCUCGCUCUCGCUGACGUCAUCCAUGCUGGGCCUCUACCUGUCGUCGGCGGCGGACGACACGCUGCCCUCCUCAUCUCCGCUCACCGAACCCUCGUCCCUGGCCUCGCCCUCUUCGUCGUCGUCCGCGGCCCACUCGGCCCUGCCCUCGAUGAUGCCCAACAGCGCCGCGACCGGCGGCGGCGGUGCCGAGGCGUUGGUGAACCCGUUCGGGUUCGGUGGCGAUGCCGUGAGCGUGGUGAACAUGAACGACAUCAUGGCCAACCAGCUGCUGGAGGAGAACGUGCAGAUCAUCACCAUCAUCCGCGAGAACCUCGUCAACGGCAGCAUCAAGAUCAACUACAGCCUCAUGCGCAAGUUUGCCGCCAACAUCUCCCGAAUACUCAAAUGGCAAUCGAUGCAGCCGCCAGCAUCUCUAUUCUCCGUUCUCACUGCCAUGCCUCCACUCACCUACAUGACGUCGGGCGUGACCGGGUCGCCUCCGUCGCUGUUCCCUUCGUCGUCGUCUCCCUCUUCAUCGGCGUCGUCGGCCCUCUCCUCGUCUUCGUCUCCGCCCUCGGCCAUCCAGGGCCUGGGGGUCAACUCGACGGCGCCCAUCAUCAUCUCCCCACCGUCGUCGCCUGGCAUCAUCUCGUUCGGCACUGGUCCUGCCUUCGGCUGA